UCAAGCAGAGCUUGGUGAUCCAACCGAUGUGUGAGCGUUUACUGUGAUAAGAAGCCAUUCUCAAAUAAUAUUACUAAAAACACUUUUAAACUUUCAGCUCUAUAUUUUGUUCUGGCUCUUUCGCCGUUGAUACAUUUUAUGAUUUUUCCUCCAAGUAGCAUAUCCUUUUAUAGCUCUCUCGCUAGUGGUUUUCACACCCUCACAUCCUUGAAUAUUAAUUUAUGGAAUUUUCUAAUUAAUUAUUCAAAAUUAUGCUUUUGAAUAAUUCAAUCAGCCUUGACUUUCUAUCACAAACAGUUUUUUGUUUUGUGGCCAUACUUUCAUUGUCAUCUUAUUCUUGACCGCUACUUAUUGCCCAAUGAAGUGGAAGACAUGAAUUUAUGCGUAGGCAAUCAAGGAGAGACUGCUGUAGGUCAAUGGUGUGUAUGAAAGAAUGAAAAUUUAUUAUGAUGAACAAUUGCUGCUAUAUUUUGAAAGGGAUGAAAUUUAUUUCAAUGGAAAGAUUUUUCUUCAAGUCAAAUUUAAUUUAAUUGGGUCAUAAUUUCAAGAUUUAUUAAUUUUAGGCUCUAUUAAUAUAUGAGCUAAUACUUCCGCAACAUAUUGAUGUUCUAUCUUUUAAUGAAAAAUAAAUACUAUAUCAAUACCAAUACCGAUAACAAUCCCAGUAUCAGUAGAAAUACCAAUAUCAACAUCAGUACCAAUAACAAUACCAUUAUCAGUAGCAAUCUACCAUCAAUACCUACUCCAUUAACCUAGCCCCAUUACCGAUUAAGACAUCAAAUUAUUAUUCAAUAAUUCAUAUACAAAUUCAAAUUCUUCAAAUAAUACUAAAAUAAAUACUCACACCCUCGCUAUAACAGACAACCGCUACUGACGGUUAAUAAUUUCAUUAAACGCCUUAUUGCUUUGGAAUGCAUAAUUAAUUUACCUUUCAUAAAUUUGAAUUAAUUUAAUUUAAACCACAAACUAGAGACCCAUGUCCAGCUAUAAAAGGAUAUGUUAGCUCAAAGGACAGCCAUUAAAAGCUUCGUCAGCCUUGAUGAAAGUGCAUCAAGAGAUAAUAAGAAUUGAUAAGAACUAGCGUAGUGUAAAAGUUCUUGUAUUGUAGUCGCUGAAGAGCCUAUGAUGUCUCCCAGUAUUAAUGCACAUUCGCAUAUCUACUGGAUGUCUAAGCUAAGUUGGCUGCUGGUAUUCAUGUUGGUUUUCUUGCAUAGCGCCACACACGGAUUACCAGGUUUUAAGCUUUCGGAUUGUAUCCUCAGCAAUUCAGAUGAUCCCAAUGAUUGUAAAGUUGGCGCUUUUAAUAUAAAUAUGAAUAAACCAAAUUGCCCACCUCGCUUAACCUGUUACCGUAAUUUCACUGAGUCUUGUCAUAUGUAUGAUGAUGGUAACAGCAACUGCUUGCCACCUUAUGUUUGUGAUUGCCAUAAAUGUCGUGAAGUGUUGACCUUAUGCCAUGAAAAAGUGAAAUCGCCAUUAAAUUUGCCAAAGCGUAUGAAACCAAUCUAUCCGGAAUAUAUCUAUUAAGCUUUCAUUAUAAUCGCUGGAACCCCACAUUCGUUUUGAUAGACCAAAGGAACUAUAUAAAGGACUAACGCGUAAAACUUGAUGAAUAAUUCUAACGUACAUCUAAAUAGUAUAUACAUACAUAUAUAUUUAAAAGACACUUACCGGAUAUAAUAAAUGAUAUUUACCGUUAUUACUUAAAUUGUCUUAGUUAAA